AUGGAGAACGAAAUGCAGCAACAAAAGGCAGCUGCUCGGGCAUCCCAUCGCAAAUUGGAGCAUCUCAACUUUGACAACCUGACGUUGCGGGCUCUGCCCCUGGACCCUAUCAAAGGCGGCCCGCUAGUGGUCGCUUCCCCCGAGGCUCUAGCUUUGCUGGAUGUGGAUCCUGCCGAGAUCGACCGGCCCGACUUUGCCGAGUACUUCUGUGGGAACAAGCUACUGCCUGGGGCUGAAGCCGCCGCGCACUGCUACUGCGGCCACCAGUUCGGCUACUUCAGUGGGCAGCUGGGGGAUGGAGCGGCCAUGUACCUGGGGGAGGUGGUGAAUAGUCGUGGCGAGCGGUGGGAGCUGCAGUUCAAGGGCGCCGGGAAGACGCCGUACAGCCGACAGGCCGAUGGUCGCAAGGUUCUCCGUUCCUCCCUUCGAGAGUUCCUUUGUAGCGAGGCCAUGUAUCAUCUGGGAGUGCCAACCACACGGGCCGGCACGUGCGUUACGUCAGACACCCGAGUCGUGCGUGACGUGUUUUAUGACGGUAACGCCAUUCUGGAGAAGGCAACGAUCAUCACACGUAUCGCGCCAACCUUUUUGCGAUUCGGGUCGUUCGAGAUCUUCAAGCCCGUAGAUGCCUUUACAGGUCGCCGAGGCUCAUCUGCGGGUCAGGAGGUGGCCAUGCUGCCCACCUUGCUGCACCACACCAUCCGUACAUACUUCCCCGACAUAUGGGCCUCCCAUCAGGGUGACGCCAUCUCCGCGGGGGUGGGGGUGGCCUCUGAUGGCAGCGGCGGUGCGCCCUGGCCGCCAGAGGGGGGCCUGGAGGUGGAGGCCCGGCUGCAAGCCAUGUACCUGGACUGGCUGAUAGAGGUGACCCGCCGCACUGCCUCACUUGUCGCCGCCUGGCAGUGCGUGGGCUGGUGUCACGGGGUGCUCAACACCGACAACAUGAGCGUAGUGGGAGUGACACUGGAUUACGGACCUUUCGGUUUCCUGGACCGCUACGACCCGGACCACAUUUGCAACGGCUCCGACGACAGCGGCCGUUACGACUACAAGAGCCAGCCGGACAUUUGCAGGUGGAACUGUGAGAAGCUCGCUGAGGCCAUUCGUACGGUGCUUCCCGAGGCCAGGGGCAAGCGGGCUGUGGCAGAGACCUUCGACCCCGUGUACCGCAGGACCUAUCUGGGCCUCAUGCGGCGCAAGUUGGGACUGGCGACACCAAGGGAGGGCCUGGAAGGGGAGAUGGCAGAUGUUGGAGAUAUCGAUGCGGACGCGGGUGAGGACGAGAUGCUGGUUUCGGAGCUCCUGACGGUGAUGGAGGAGACGGGCGCAGACUUCACCAACACCUUUAGGCAAGCACAGGGCCGAGCCGAACCCUCAUCGACCGCGGUGGUGGAGGCGGGCGGUGUGCUGGACUACAUCCUGACACAGAUGUUGGCGAUGUUGGCGGGGAAGAACCCUGAGCUGCUGCACCAAAUGGGCCUUACACCGCAGAUGCUGAACGCCGAGAUGGCGAGGCUCAAGCGCUCCGAGCAAUUGGCCAAGCAAAAUGACGAGGACAAACGGCUCCGCGACCGGGAGCGGUGGGCAGCCUGGCUGGCGUCGUACGGCGCCCGCCUCCAGCGCGCCAUGGCAGCCGGCCGGCUCGAUGCUGGGAUGCGGCCGGCGGUUAUGAACGCAACAAACCCGCGCUUUAUCUUGCGGAAUUGGAUUGCCCAGCAAGCUAUCGAAAAGGCGGAGAAGGGCGACUUUUCGGAGGUGACCAGGGUAUAUGCGCUAUUGCGUAAUCCAUUCAGCGAUGAGGACGUUUCGGAGCUGCUACGAAACGUGGACGCCAAGACCGGUACCGUUGCGGCGGCGGCAGCGGCGGCGGCGGCACCCGGUGCGGCGGCGGCGCCGCCAGCGGGCCCUGAAGCGGCCUCCGGUACCGCCGCCGAGCCAGGCGUGUCGUGCAGUUUGCCUGUGUACGACGGACGGCCGCCGGGCUGGGCCGCUAAGCUCUGCGUCACGUGCUCGUCUUAAGGAUUCGAACUGGAACAUUAAGUGGAAUUGGAUGGCCCUAUCACUACGGUGUUUCUAACAAAUGGGGGAUGGGUGUUUUUAGAGGAGUGUCUUGGCUGGGUUUUGCUGUAAUAAAGAGGUUGUGGCCAGUAUCGAUAGCCAAGCCAGGAGGUCAAGUGUAGGACGAGAUCAGCAGGGAGCUGGUUCGCUGUUACUCGGUUCGCUUUUGCUUGUUCGUGCCUCAAGUGAAAUAAGCGUGCCGGCAGAUGUGAGAGAUGAAGCGACGCGAAGUGUGAGCGGCUGUGAGUGCUGGCUGGCAGUGGGUUGGGUUAUGCCCUUCGCUGCGGUCGUCAGUUCGUCUGUAGUGAUGUUACGGAGUGGGGGGCGAGGGAGGGAGCCGUAUACAUGAGUACAUUUACGCGCUUGGUUGUUCAAUCGGCCAGUUGACCAAUUCGGUUGCGUCUGCCCGUCAGGCCUUCGCUACGGAUAACAACUUGUAAGACCGUGUAC